CCUUCUGCCAUUGGUUUCGGAGAAAAUAACUAUGCAUUAAAUUCAUAAACAACUCUGCCAAAUUUCUGGGCAGAAGAAAUUAAAGGUGGAUUGAUUGUUUCGUGUGGAAAGCAAAGAUGGCCAUUGGCGAUGGAGGAGAUAGCCGGAUGGAAGAGAAAAUGAUCUUUGAACAUUCUGUUAAACGCGAAUAUAGCCAUCGUCUCAUAAAUGAUAUAUCUAAGGAAGAUGGCAGGGGGGGCUUUUGCACCAGCAGGAGUGGCAAAGGAAAGAGCAGAGUUGUAUCAAGGGAAGGUUACGAAUUACGUCAUCAUUGCUUGCAUUGUUGCUGCGGUUGGAGGUUCCAUUUUUGGAUAUGAUAUUGGAAUUUCAGGAGGGGUGACAUCCAUGGAUGCAUUCCUUAAAGAGUUCUUUCCCGUGGUGUAUGAAAAGAAGAUACGCUCACAAGAAAAUAACUACUGCAAGUUCAAUGACCAAGGACUAGCAGCAUUUACCUCAUCUCUAUACCUGGCUGGCUUGGUUGCAACACUGUUUGCAUCUCCUGUUACACGUAAAUAUGGGCGUCGAAUCAGUAUAAUAUGUGGUGGGUUCAGUUUUCUUGUGGGUGCAGUACUCAAUGCUACAGCAAUCAGUUUUGUAAUGCUUCUUUUGGGACGAAUAAUGCUUGGGGUUGGCAUUGGCUUUGGUAAUCAGGCAAUACCACUUUAUUUAUCCGAAAUGGCCCCAACCCAUCUCAGGGGAGGCUUAAACAUGAUGUUUCAGUUAGCAACCACACUCGGAAUCCUGUCAGCAAACAUGAUCAACUAUGGAACAAGUAAGCUCGGGCAGUGGAAUUGGCGGCUCUCUCUAGGACUAGCUGCUGUACCAGCACUAUUAAUGACAGUGGGGGGUAUAUUUCUUCCAGAAACCCCAAACAGCUUAAUCGAACAGGGAUCAAAGGAAAAAGGGAGGAAAGUUUUAGAAAGAAUUCGAGGAACCCAAAAUGUGGAUGCUGAAUUCGAAGACAUGAUUGAUGCAAGUGAAUUGGCUAACUCAAUUAAGCAUCCUUUCAAGAAUAUUUUGAAAAGGAGUAGACCACAGUUAGUGAUGGCGAUUUUUAUGCCUAUGUUUCAAAUCCUCACAGGGAUAAAUUCAAUUCUCUUUUAUGCCCCGGUAUUAUUUCAAAGUAUGGGUUUUAAAAGGAAUGCAUCCCUUUACUCGUCUGCUUUGACUGGAGCAGUUCUUGUUCUUUCUACGUUGGUGUCUAUUGUCACGGUUGACAAAUUGGGUCGAAGAGUUUUGCUGAUUGUAGGUGGCGUUUUAAUGAUCAUUUGUCAUAUCAUUGUGGGCACAAUAAUGGGGCUCAAAUUUGGCGAUGAUCAAGAACUGUCAAAGAGUUAUUCGGUCGGAGUGGUAGUUGUAAUUUGUAUCUUUGUGGCAGCAUUUGGAUGGUCCUGGGGCCCACUUGGUUGGACAGUCCCAAGUGAGAUAUUCCCAUUGGAAACACGGUCAGCAGGUCAAAGCAUUACCGUUGCAGUCAACCUCUUCUUCACGUUCAUCAUGGCGCAAUCUUUCCUCUCCCUCCUUUGUGGUUUGAAAUAUGGGCUAUUCUUGUUUUUCACUGGAUGGAUUACUGUAAUGACAAUAUUUGUCUACAUUCUCCUGCCAGAAACAAAAGGAGUUCCUAUUGAAGAAAUGAUGCUAAUGUGGCAAAAACAUUGGUUUUGGAAGAAGAUCGUAUUAGAAAAGUCAUAAGAAAGACGGAGUUAAGACAGACAGAACAUGGUCGCCGAUAGGCACAUACUGUAAUCAGUUUAAUUAUAAGUUGUCUGUUAGAAUCAUAUCGCUUCUUUCUUUUUUUUAUUUAUUUUUUAGUUAUUUUAUAAAUCAUCUAUCUCUAACGGGGCAAUUUCUUUUUGUUAACAGAAUUGAACCCAAGGUGUUUACCACUGAUCCAAA